AUGCAGACACUUCAUCCCCUGAUUUCAGAAAUAUCCCAUUGGUUGCUACAGUUUCUCUGCACGCACAGACCAAUCAGCUCGCACCCAACAAUUGUUCAACCAAUCAUGAUCGCAAUAUUACUGAAGCCCACCAAAGUUGUGUUUUCACAUAAAAAAGAAGGAGGAUCUUCUGAAGAACUCAGAACGGUGGUGGCAUACCAGAAUCCAUUCACAGGAGACUACUGCGUUCACAAGAGCCGCCUCGGCGCAAAUGGUUAUGUGAACAACCUACAGCCUGACUCUCCCGACAGUGGAGUAUCGGAUGAGUAUGAGCCUUUGAACCCAGAGACUAUGUCUCCCCGGCCGAGCCUAGCACAUGUAAAGCACGAAAAGAUGCCAAAUGGAGUGUUGGCUGUACCUGUACCUCAGCCUGAACCGGAGGUGAAAAUCCCUAUAAGCUCAGAUUAUGAAGACAACAGCCUCAACAAGACCUGGAACUGGAACUACAAGGAGUAUCAAAUUUAA